AUGACACAGGAACAUACGAAAGAGACCUAUGUCUAUGAUUUGGAUGACGGAUUUCUAGAUUCAUUGAAAUUGCUCUCCUUUAGUUUGGACACCUUUGAAAAUGUGGAAACCCCCAGUGCACCAAUAUCGCCACAUCCCCAAGUAAGGAAGGAUUACAACUAUUACAAAUCGGAUUUACAUCGCUAUAACUUGAAAAGAGUGCAAAACAACUUACCACCCGUCAAUGAAGAUGAGUUCGAAAACUUGAUUGAGACUCAGUCGAUUGAAAGCAUAUCGGGGUCAGAUUCUGAAGAUGAGUUUGAUCUGGAAGAUGACAAUUCCGAGCAAGGCCAAAAAGUUGACAGUUUGAUCAAAAAGUUGGAGUCGGCGACUAUAGUAGGUGACUCGCAGUCAUCCUCCCAUCUCAACACCAAGAGUCCUUUCAUUCUUUUUGGCUCAGAUUCUGUGCCCUCAGAGAGAGCAGUGGGAAUAUACAAGGCGUUGUUUCCGGAAUUUGCACUUGACGAUCCUUUGGGAUUUCUCAAGACCGAAAAGGACAAAACCGAUUCAAAAUCGGCAAUUCUCAUGAUUGGGGGAGGGCAUUUCGCGGGAGCCAUAAUCAGCCACAAAAGAAAUGACUUGAAGUCCUUCAAUAAUAAAGACAGCGUUAAAAUGCAGUUAGUUAACGUCCUUGCUUCAAAAACGUUCCACAGAUAUACCACUAGACGCAAGCAAGGUGGCGCUCAAGGUGCCAGCGACAAUUCUCGUGGAAAAGCGAUUUCUGCUGGUUCUAGUAUAAGACGCUAUAACGAGAAGGCAUUAGCUCAAGAAGUGAGAGAUCUUCUUGCUCAAUGGAGUGGUUACUUGCAGGAUUGCACUGCAAUCUACGUUCGAGCAAACGGCCCAACGAACAAGAAAGUCUUGAUGGGAUAUGAAGGCUCGCCUUUGGAUGCAACGGAUAAGAGAAUUAAAAGGCUUCCGUUUUCAACACAAAGGGCCAGCUUAUCCGAAGUAAAGAGGAGCUGGGUUGAGCUUUCUCAUUACAAAGUAGUGGAGUUACCCAAGACUGAAAUUGUUAGUGAUAAAGGUGUGGCAGAAAGUGGACAAGAGAGAGCAGCUAACUCAACUGUAAAGAGAAAGGGAAGGGAAUCAGAGGAUAAACAGGACGAAGAGAUCAUCACCAUUUUGAGAAAACAAAAAGCGCCCAAAUUACUAAAAUGGGUGAAGGAUAAUCAGAUUGAUGUCGACACCUAUCGUAUCGCACCAGGCCUGUAUGCUCAAUCAACAACAUUGCUUCAUUACGCGUCCUCCAAUGGACUUGCUCACAUGAUUCAGAUCUUGUUGGUUAAUUUAAAGGCUUCUCCUCAGGUCCAAAAUACCAAUGGACGAUACCCCGCUGAAGUUGCUAACAAGGACACCAAAAGAGCAUUCCAGAUUGCCAGGAACAAGUUGGGGGAAUCUUAUUGUGAUUGGGACAAAGCAAAAGUGCCUCCGCCAAAGUCUAAAGAGGAGUUUGAUGAAGAAGAUCGUGCAAAGGUGGAAAGUGAAAGGCUUAUGAAGCAGAAACUCCUCGAAGCAGAGGCGUCUAAGGAAACGGCAAAGGGUUCAAGUAUCAAAUCGUUCAAGAAUGAUCUUGCAGGCUUGAGUGAGGAACAAAGAUUGAAAUUUAUGAGAGAGCAAAGAGCGAGGGCAGCGGAGGCUAGAUUGAAGAAAUAA